AUGGGCUCGGGAAGCUCUAAGAAGAAGAGAAAAAGUCUGAGAAAGGCAGAAGUGACUGGUGCGCAUGCGUUGUCCGAUGAUGAAGACGUCAUGGUCGGUGCAAAUUAUAAAAAUGACAACGAGAGGAGGAAUGAAAUGGAAGAAAAGGCUUAUGAGCAAGAGGCAGCUAAUAGGGAAGACAAUGAACAGGAUGAGGAGGAGGAAGAGGAGGAGGAGGAGGAGGAGGAGGAGAAAGAGGAUGAGAUAGAAGUGGAGGAAGAAGAAGAGGAAAAAGAAAACGAAGAAGAAGAGAACGAGGAUGAGGAGGACGAAGAGGAAGAGGAGGGCGAAGAUCCGAAAGGCCCGCCCUUGGAAUCUUACAGCGAACAAAUGUCCAAGGCUCUGAUUGGCGAUCUAAGCGCUAAAUUCCCUGAAAAUGUUAAAGUAGUGCGUAUCUUUACAAGUUCGACAUUCACAGACACAUCCGUGGAGCGUAAUACGCUAAUGGAGAGAAUCUACCCGCGCAUCAAACAGUUCUGCCAACAACAAGGAUACGAGUUUCAGGUCGUGGACAUGAGAUGGGGAGUGCGUGACGAGUCUACAGAUGAUCACCUCACCUCAGAGUUGUGCAUGAGAGAACUACGCGCAUGUCAAGAGCUAUCCACCGGACCGAACUUCAUUACUUUUCUGGGACAAAAGUAUGGAUACCGUCCAUUCCCGCCUAAGAUUCCAGCGAGCGAAUUCGAAAAACUAGCGAGUGCAGUCGGCAGCAAGGAAGAUAAGGAUCUCCUUUAUCAUUGGUUCCGACGUGAUGACAACAUCGUUCCCGCCGAAUACCUCCUUCAACCAAUCACAGUCCUUCUCCCAGACUACCGUAACUAUAGCAACAAUGAGUUACGUAAGAAGGCUUCUGGAGAAUGGUGGGCAGCUUUUGAGAGAAUGCAAGUGGUGUUCAGGGAAGCCGCUGACAAGGCGUUGACGAAUAAAAAGGACAGGCUCAAAUACUACAUGUCAGUCACUGAAGAUGAGAUUCGACGUGGUAUAAUCAACGCCCGUGAUCCUAAGAAGCACUGCUUUUGGUUUAAACGUGAUAUCACUGAUUUGGAAGAAAACAUCAACAGCCAAAAAGCAGGUAGUUUUAUUGAUAAGACGUGGGGAACUCCUCCUGUCGCUGAUACGCCUGCCCUGAAGUUUCUUAGCCAAUUACGCGAAGUAGAUCUGCCCAACGUUCUGCCCAAGAAGAACACGAUUGAGUACAAAGUCAAGUGGAAUGAGAACGGGAUUGAUCCAAAGAGCUCUCCUGAGCAUGCCCAAUACAUCGAGAAACUGUGCAAAGACUUCUACGAUCAGCUAACCAAGAUGGUGUUGGAUGGAAUAAAUGAGAACGAGGCGGCUGACACAAGAGAGGCCAUCGCCGAGGAGAUCUUCCAGCAUUCCACAUUCUGCCAAAAGAAAUGUAAGACAUUCUUUGGACGAAAGGAAGCUAUUGCAUCUGUGAAGGAAGAAUUGCUGAACAGCGACGACAGAGUGGUUGUGUUGUACGGUGAAUCUGGAUGUGGCAAGACUUCUCUUAUGGCCAAGAUAGCGACCCAAGUGAAAGAUUGGCCCGAGGAAGACGGGGUUAUAACAGUGUGCCGGUUUAUUGGCACCUCUCCAGACUCUUCCAGCAUCCGGCCAUUGAUAAGGAGCAUCUGCCUUCAGUUGUGCAAAGCGACCGGGCAAGUCACGGCUGACAUACCAGAGGAGAUGAAGGCCUUGGUUGAGUACUUCCCUGAGUGUUUGGAGAAGGCAUCAGAAAAUCAAAAGGUCGUACUGGUGUUGGACUCACUAGAUCAGCUCUCCGUGGACGACAGCGGACGCCAAAUGGAAUGGCUCCCUCGCAGCCUGCCUUACAACGUAUACGUCAUCAUGUCUACUCUACCCGGGGAGCAGUAUCAGGUCCUUCCAAACCUUAGGGUCAGAUACAAUCCUCAGACGUUAAUGGAAGUCCCACAGAUUCCAAUGAGCGAAGCUGGUUUGAUAUUGGAUAACUGGCUGAAGGCGGCAAAUCGAGCCCUUCAACCGGCGCAGCGCAAUGAGGUAAUGAUCAGCUUCAAGGAGUGUCCUUUGCCACUUUACCUUAAGCUAGCCUUCGACGAAUCCUGUCGCUGGAAGUCCUACACACCGAUGCAAGACGCCGACCUAGCUCCCAACAUUACCGACAUCAUUCGCGCUCUGUUCGACAGAGUUGAGCGAAUUCAUGGGAAAACCCUUGUCAGUCAUUCACUUGGCUACAUUACGGCAUCCAAGAACGGGCUUACGGAACCAGAACUCGAAGAUCUCCUCUCACUGGAUGACGAUGUCCUAAAUGACGUCUAUCAGUACUGGACUCCGCCAAUCAGAAGGCUUCCUCCGUUGCUGUGGAUACGGAUACGUGCUGACAUCAAGGACUAUCUGAUUGACCGAGGUGCAGACGGAACGCGCGUCAUUUACUGGUACCAUCGCCAGUUUAUCGAGGUGGCGAGAGAAAGAUAUCUAUCUGGCGAUCAAGCGAAGAAACUUCACGCAAACAUGAGUGAUUACUUUCUUGGAACAUGGGCAGAUGGCAAAAAGAAGCCGUACACAAACAAGAAAGGGGAGAAUCUCUCAAGCGAUCGCCUUGUCGCUCAGCAACCCUUGACAUUUGGGUCAAACGAAGAUAAGACGAUAUUCAAUCUGAGAAAACUGAGCGAAUUACCCUACCAUUUGUUCCACUCUGGCCAGUACGAGAAGAUGAAAGAUGAGACACUCUGCAACUUUGAGUUCCUGCUGACCAAGUUGAGAGGGACAUCGAUUCAGAACGUCUUGGAUGACUAUGCGUCGUACCUGAGUGCCAAGCCAAGUGACCCUGAUGUCAAGCUCAUGAACGAGUGUUUGCGGCUUUCGGUACAUCCGUUGACAGUCGAACCAGCCCAGUUAUCUACGCAGCUCCUCGGAAGAAUGUUCAAGUUUCAAGACCGUGAAGAGAAGUACCCAUACGUCUGUAAAAUCCUGAAGGAAGCAAAGAAUCCAUCCGUUCCCUGCUUUUUACCCAAUCAGAAGUUUCUUACGGCACCAGGAGGGGCACUUGUCUCUACCAUGGCUUUAGGCGGAUAUGGAAAUGAGAGCAUCAGUAUGGCGAAUGACGGCAAAACCAUGGCGGUGACCAUGGUAGGAAGCGAGGGUCUAGAGGUAAAGAUCAUGGAUUAUCAGAAUGGAAAGCAACUGAGAAAGUUAGUGGUCACUGGAACAGGUACAACAUCACUGUAUCGGUGCAACCAUAACAUCCUCAGCGAGAAAGACCCCACGAUUAUUCUUCUAGCUGGUGGAAACGAGAUCGUCCUGUUUAAUACAGAAACUGGCCAGAUUAUCCAAAAGUUUCAGGUUGACAAAGACGAGUGGUUUUCCUACUACGAGAGCUCGCCCGUGGCCUAUGCAGACGACGAGAAGCUAAUCGUUGCAAUUGCUAGAAAUUCCUUACGCGUCUUUAAUGUGGCCGAUGGAAAGGUUCUACAUGAUAUGCCAAUCAAGGGUGUCGAUAUGGAUAACAAGGUUGGCUCUCUCGACGCAAGAGGGCACUACGCAGUCUACAAUCUCGCAAAAACAAACACAGUGCAUUUUGUGGACUUGCGUUCUGGCCAAGAAGUGAACAAAAUCACUGUGAAAACUGAAGAAGUCAAAGACGUCAAGAUCACCUCCAAGAACCAGGUGGUAGUCAUGCCUUCCUUUACACUCUUGCUUGUAUAUGACCUUUCCACGGCGAAACUUGUCCGAGAGAUCACCAAGUUUAAGAUGCAGGAGGGACAGUGCAAAUUGCAAAUUACUGAUGAUGGAAGGAAAGCUGUGAGCACUGACAUGUUCGAGAUUCUAAUAACAGACCUGGAAACUGGUGAAGUCACUCCUUGUUUACGAAGCUCAAUUUUCCGUCUGAAGAUGAUCACUAGAGAUGCCAAUACAAUCCUCUCUACCGGUCAAGAUUUUCUUCUCCGUGUAUACGACAAAUCGCGAGAAGAUGACGACGAAAACGUGCAGGACACGAAUGUCGUACAGUACCAGGAGUACAAGAUAGCGGACUCCAUCACCACCAUGACACCGUCUGUGGACAAACGCCAUGUCAUUGCCAUGGCGAACAUCCAGUUGAGCAACCAAAUGACGUUGUGGGAUACCUUUACUGGGGAAAAAGUGCGACAUACUAAAGGUCUGACAAUAUUCCCGAACCCCAUCCGUUGCAUCAACAUGACUCGAUGCGUGGGAUACAUCUACGACAAAGACCUUCCUCACUACAGGGUGUUUGACCUGAAGACCUCUACGAUCGAGAAAACGCUGCAGGGGCCGGCUUGCAAGAGGAUGAAUGCCUUUGGUAUGAUCGACGACAAGAGACUUCUCUCCUUCUCCAGAGGAAGAAGGAACCUAAAGGUUUGGAAUACAGAGUCUGGUAAAGUGGUCGAUAUCAUAAAGUUCAACGAGAAGCACGAUUUUCAGGAAAUGCUGAUGAGCGAGGAUGGAUCUGUAGCGGUCGUCUCUCAGCAUGACAUGAGCGAGACCUACAAAGAGAACACCACUCUACCCUUGAUUGUUUACAACACCAAGAGCCGCCAGCACAAGAAGCUCGAGAUCAAGAACACGGCUCUGUCCCUUUACAACGCUAAGGUGUCUUGUGACGGCAAAUACCUGGUUACCAUGGUCAACUACAGUCAGGCCAUGCUAUGGGAUCUGGAAAAAGGUGUCAAGAUCAGCGACCUAAAGGAGUCAGACUAUGACAGUACAACUGCAGUAGAAAUUAAUGUCCAAGCUAAUGUCAUUGUUACGGCUUCUGGUAGCGGCGGAGUCAAGGUGUGGGAGUUGUCUACUGGAAAGAUAAUACAUCAGAUACCAGGAGAGCAAUUUUCUUCAGUCUUUCUAACUGAGGAUGGGCGAUCAGCGAUCACGCGUCACACACAAGCCAACAGCUUUAUCGCCUACGACGUCAAAUCUGGCCGCCAACUGGCUAUUUUUAACACGGACGGCUACCCGAAUUUUGUGAAUGUCGUGGGUGACCGACUAGUGAUGGCUGUGGGAGAGAAUCCGAAUCUGAUGAUCAUGACGCUCUAUCAACCAGGGAAAGUAGAUGAGAAAACAGUAACGAAAUCGCCUUUCGAGGGUCUGCCUGUGAUGUCGUCCAUCACUGACAAGUCUGAAAAACCCACUGACAGCGACCCGUUAGAUAAGGACAAGAAGGAUACAGGUGACGUUAGGUAAGAAGAAAGGAACACUCGAGGUACAAGAUGCCAAGAACCUUGCUAGACAAAAAUGAUUCUGAGACAAUAUUUUAGAAAAUUGGUAAGAGCUUUAUUCAAGGAUUCUACACAAUCAACUAAUCACAAUAAUCAUUCCCUGAAAUUAAGCUCCCCCUAAAUUGUAACACAUUCUUACCUACUAGCUCCCCCAAUUGAAAUCGACCAAUGGAAAGUAGCCAAAUUAUACGUAUUAAAUUACUUGAAUCACUGAUUUUUUUUUCGACGUUUCGGCAAUGCUGCCUCCAUCAGUUAUUCCUGAUGAUUGCCGAAACGUUGAAAAAUAUAAUUCAGUGAUUCAAGUCACGUUAUAUAUAUAACAAGCAUAGGACAAUCACAGCACAGGAUCACCACAUUUGUUGAUGGUGCAAAGAGCAAAAAAAAAAAAAAAAAAAAAAAAACGGCAUGUUUCCCAAAAUAAGGUCUGAUUAACUUCGGUAAGCUUGAAUCUUUGCAUAGAGGUUUAUUUUUAAUGGAUGUAAUUUCAAUUUAUUUCUAAUGGAUUCUUCUUCGAGAUAUGAGGCUUGAAGUGCAAUUUUCAAACGUUCAAAGUAUAAAUUCUCCUCGUUUUUAGGGAGAAGUUGGGCUCUGAUAAGAAAUUAAGCUAACUUUUCUUGCUUAUAUCUACAUUUCAUAUCUUCUAAAUUUCUUUAAAAUUUGGAAUUAAGCUUCUUGUCAGAGGAACUCCUUGUAUGCGGAAUCUUAAGCUUAUUUAUUGAGAAUUUAAAAAUUUCAUGCCAUUUUUUGCUCUGUCAGUCUUAGCCGUUAUUUUAUCAAUCUAAUGAUUUGACGUUUCAUACCAAAAUAUACAUGACACGUUAACAUAUCACAUUUAUAGUCCCCUGCUCUGCACUGCACAUCACAUUUACUUAUAGUACGUAUAAUAAAGUGUUGUCUUGUACAAGAGCUGUAAUGAAAGUCAAUGUAUGUCGCGACGAGAGAAUUGUGGAAGAGAACUAACGAGAGAAAAGAGGCCGAAAAUCUACGACUUUUUGGAGCUGCAAACCGAAAAAUAAAAUAAAAAAGUUUGAGCUUA